AUGGCGGAAAAAUCUCUUGAAAGGCAAAUGCAGAUGUUUGAGAUAGAAAUGAUGCAGAAGGUCUUCGCCAGCAUGACAACAGCGUGCCUGCAAAAAUGUAUUCCUCCACGUUAUCAGGAUGGUGAAUUGACAAAGGGUGAAGCGGUUUGCUUAGACAGGUGCUCCGCUAAGUUUAUGGAGUGCUAUAUGCACACAACCAAGACUUUAGGAGCAAUGACCAAUCCCAAUGCCCAACAACAAGCACAAUGA